AGGAAGAAAGGGUUCCAGAUUUUAAAUUAGGAGCCCAGGGUUUGAAUACUUGCUCUGGCCUUAAGGGACCUUAGAGGUCAUCCUCUAAUCCAAAUUCCUCAUUUUGUAGAUGAGGAAAUUGAAGUUGAAAGGUGACUGAUCCAAGGCUAUUUUGCCAUUCUAGACUGGACCACUGUGAGAAAAGCACAUUGGAAAAAAAUUUCUAUUAUUAAUAUUAUGGAGAAGUGAGUCAAAAUUCAUCCUCAGAGUCUGUUUCUGGUACACACUUCUUGGUAGUGUUACUCUGGGCAAGUCAUUGAACCUUUCCCUGCCUUUAGUCUUCUGGGAAAAUUAAAAGUUGCAGGGUAGAUGCUGUUUGGUAUUGGCUGAGGGAUUCUCCUUGAAAGAGAUUCUAUACCAAUGAAAUCAUGGGUCCAGUAUGGAAAUAUCAAGAAGGCCAGAGAAGGAGAGUAAGUUGCUUGCAGACAGGCCACUUGACCAAUUCUAGGACCUGCCUUCCGACUCCAAAGCUAGAAUGCCUGCGCUUCCUUUAUCCGUAAUCUCGAACGGAGGACCUUUAACGCUUUUGUGUUCCUCAUCCCCUGAGUGUUUUCAGGCUUCUGACGUUGCAGGUGCAGAGCCAGUGUAACUCUUCUCAAGCCAGAAGUGAGCAGUCUUGGGAAGGGGAGGAGUGUCUUUUGGUUCCUGGAAGAUUUCUCAGAAGUGCUAACACAGCCACAGAGCACUGAAAACAGCUGAGGGCUUCCCAGACUGCUGCCCCUGGCAGACUAUGGGGGAUCUAGAUAUACCUCCGAAUGGUCAGGGGAAGACGGACUAGCUGUUGCCUGCGGCUUCGGUUUUGAGUUGCUCCCUGCUUGCCAUGACGGGGCCCCGAAGGGUUCAGGGGAGGCGAGCAUAGUCCUGGGAAGUUGCGCGGACUGGAUCUCCAGAGUUUCGAAAGUUCCUGGACUCUCUCUCCCUCCCUCCAACCCCCACCCCCACCCCCCAAUUUCUCAUCCUUCUCCCUAGCUCCAGCCAUAGCACCAGGAUCGUGGGUCUUGCUGACACACGGUGGCCUCUUGGAUAGACUCUGGUCAGAGGCAGUUGUACUCGCCUGGGGUUGGAGUCCCAAUCUGGACAGUUCCUCGAGAUAGCUUCUCAGGGCUGGAGGGCUCCCUUCAGCUUUGAUCAGAGGCAGGCUGGCUCUGACCCUGGCCGGGCACCCUCACCAAGUGAGACCUUUACCAUGCCACUGUGCUGUGCGCUGCGGUGGCCCGCUGCGCGCGGCGUGGGGAGGAGGCGGUGCACCCUCGGGGCAGCACUGUUGGCGAUGUUAGUGCUGCUCUGGCUGGGUGUCGAGGGUCCAGAGCUCGUUCGCUUACCCCGGGAGGCCAGCCGGCCCGCUGGCACAAAUAUCUCCGUGCGCCCGGACGCUGUUCUGGAGCCAGAGCAGCUGGAGGGUGGCGACGACGGAGAGGCCAUGAGAACUGUGUGGUGCGCCCCAACACAGACCCAGGCCCCUCCUCUGCAGCCCCCAGAGCCCCGAUUUCGCGCCUUCCUCCGCCACCGGCAUUGCCGCUAUUUCCCGUUGCACAGUGACCACCCGAACAAGUGCGGAGGGCGGGUACGACUGCUACUGGCCAUCAAGUCGUCCCCGGAGCACGGUGAGCGGCGGGCGGCUGUGAGGCGCACGUGGGGACAAGAACUGGCCGGCUCGGGCUCGGGCUCGGACGCCGCAGUGGUGCGCACAGUGUUCCUGCUGGGCAGGGGAGCAGCCGAGGAGGGGCCCGGCGGGGAGGCGCUUCGCCUGCGGCUGGAGCAGGAGGACAGGGCGCACGGGGACUUGCUGCGCUGGGACUUCGCUGACACCUUCUAUAACCUCACCCUCAAGGCUGUCAACUUCCUGCGCUGGUUCCAACAUCGCUGCCCCGGGGUGGAGUUCGUGUUCCAGGGUGACGAUGAUGUGUUUGUACAUCCCGCCAAUUUGCUGGAAUUCCUACGCUCCCGACAGGGCGACCCUGGGCUGCCCCAGCUCUUUGUUGGGGACGUGAUUCUCCGAGCCUGGCCCAUUCGCAACCGGCACAGCAAGUAUUACAUCCCACCCGAACUCUUUAACCAGCCUUAUCCGCCCUACGCUGGAGGCGGAGGCAUACUCAUGGCGGCUCCGCUGGUCCGGCGCCUGCUGUCAGCCUCCGAGUAUCUGCCCCUGUUCCCCAUAGAUGAUGUCUUCCUGGGCAUGUGCCUGAAGCGGCUCGGGGUGGUGCCCCAGGCCCACCCAGGCUUCCGGACUUUCGGCAUUCAUCGGACCCGCACCAAUCCCAUGAAUCAGGACCCCUGCUUCUACCGAGAACUGCUCAUGGUGCACCAGCUGGGGCCGCCUGCUCUGAUCAGCAUGUGGGAGGCUGUGCAUAGCGAAGAACUGCACUGUGCCCAAACUGUCAGCUUCCUCUGACUCUGUUGCCUCUCAGGGGAAGGGGGAGGAAGAGGGCGUCCCCAUCCUAUUUUUGUCUCUACCUCAGUUCUUACAGGUAAAGUGGGAUAGAUAAGCAGUAGAACUACCGGCUUGGGUUGCCAGAGGAUCUGGGUUCCAAAGCUCACCUCUGAUUUUUCCCUCUCAACCUCUCUGGGCUCGUUUCCACACUGACAAAAGAAGGGGUUGGACUAGGGUGCCCUGAGGUCCCUUCUAGUUCUUCACCUGGGAUAAAGGAUCCAUUGAUGCUGGCCCAUUCAUUCUCUGCCUCGUUCUAACCCUAGUUCUAAAACCGGGGAGGUGAGGAAGGCACGUUGUAAAAAGAGGAGGGGGGUGGUUGCAAACUGACUUUAGCUGGGCUGCACUCUGGGGUCUUGGAAAGACCCGGGCCAGGGCUAGCCAGUGGUAUAGACCCUUAUAGCAGUGAGUAGCUGCAGGAACUGAAGGAACACUAUAUUUGGAAACUGAGGAUCUCGAUUCCAGUUCUAGCUUGGGGAAAGUCACUGAGCCUCAGUUUCUUAGCCUUUAAAUGGGAUAGCAAUAUUUCCUUUGCCUACCUCCUAGGAACUAUUGAGAGGAUGGAAUGAGAUAACAAAGAGGGAAAAGUGCUUUGUAACCCUAGACACACAGAAUGGACUCUAGAGGCCCAAAGGGCAGGGAUCGAGAUGGUCAGACUGAGAGGUCACUGUCGAGAGCCUUCUCUUCUGGCAGACAGAGGGGACAGCUCCUCGGUCUGCUGGGUUUCUGCACCUUCUGCUCUAAGUGGCUUGAUGCCCUUUGUCUCUAGGUUCUGGUGGGCAAAGAGAAAGCAGGCGGUUUUUCAGCCACAGAAAAGCUGGCCCAAUGGAAGAAAAUGCCGAGGGCGUUUCUGACAAGUGAAAGAGCCCUUUAGCUCAAGGCGGGGCCAGGCUAUGUGCCCAGAGUGGAGGAGAGUUUGAAGUCACCAGUGCAGGCAGGGAAUGGGGAAAGCUGCCUCUUGGUUUUCGGGCAGUCCAUCAAGGGUUAAUUCCUUCCCUCCCCUCCUCCUCUUCAGCUGAGUAAUCCAAACCCAAUUCCGCCAGGACGUCCAACCUAAUCAGUAAGACACAACAAAUCAGGUUCUAGCCACUGAUCAUCUUUGCUUUUGUAGUCCCCAGUCACCAUGGUGACAGGGCAUCCUGUCCUUUCAAACACAUCCCCUUCUGGGUUAGAAACAGCUCUGCUGCCUGUACCACAUGGUGGAAGAGAAAGUCAAACUAGAGAAGAAUAAACAGAACUUUCCAAAGUCUUCAGUGUCCAAUCUCUGUGCUUUCCCACCUCACUUUAUGAUGGUUUUAAAUGGUUUUUGUUGCCUUUUUUUUUAAUCCUCACUUUCCGUCUUUGAAUCAGUGCUGUGUAUUGGUUCCAUGGCAGAAGAGAGGUAAAACAAAAUCCAGUUUGUGCCUAAUUUAUUUCUAACCCUUGCUUUCUGUCGUAGUAACAACUCUAAGACAGAUGGGCAGGGGAGAGGCAAUGGGGGUUAAGUGACUUGUCCAGCUGGGAAGUGUCUGAGGCUAAAUCUGAAUCCAGGACCUCUUGUCUCUAUCCCCUGAGCCACCCAUCUGCCCUCCCUCUUUUUAAACCACCCCUAUUUCUCAAUAUAGUCCUUCCUCUUUUGUUUCCAUGGAGAUAUGACCCUUAAAACAAAAAAUAAACAAGAAAUAGUUCAACAGAAUAAACCAAGGCAGCAGUCACGUCCUACUUUAUAGUCUUCCACACUCAUAGUCCUCCACCUUUACAGUGUUUCCAUGGGGUUUUGCAAGGGAUUGUUGAUGUCUCAGUACUUGGGCAUAGGCUGUAUCUCAUACACUAACAGACUCGGAGAGGGACCUUAAAGAUUAUUUGGUGGAAUUCCCCUCCUUUUAUAAGAGGUAACUGUGGCUCAGAGGUUAAGAGUACUGGACUUGGAGUCAGACCUGAGUUCAAAUCUUAACCUUAAACACUAGCUGUAGGAUCUCAGGCAAGUCACUUAAUUUUUGUACAACUAGCUAGAGUCAGGAAGACCAGAGUUCAAAUCUAGCCUGUGUGACCCUGGGCAAGUCACUUAAUCUCUGAUUGCCUGACAAAAAGAUCCACUGGAGAAGGAACCAGCAAACCCCUCCAGCAUCCUGGCCGAGAGAACCCCUGGGAGAGCUAUGGUCUUUGGGGGUCACAAAAAAGUGGCACGUGAAUGAACAGCACUUCAUUUUACAAAUGGGGGGCGUCUGGAGGAAAACGAGGUCCAGAGAUGUUAGCAUCCUAUUGUUGCUGCCCCCCUGCCUGAGAAGAGUGCCUGGAAGGUGAGAGUAUAGCCAUCACCUUUCCUCAAACCUGAGUCUUCCUAGUCUAUCUAGAGCAGCUUUAUGGUCUUGAACCCUUUUUUUGCUUCUCAUCUAUCUGGGCCCAUUUCCCAUCCGUAAAACAAGGGGGUUGGGCUUGCUGGUGUUUGAGGUCUCUUUCAACUGGACUUACAGUCCAUCUGCUGACUCUGUGGCUAUGGGGGAGUCACCACCUCUGUGCAACUGAGCUCCCUUUUUUCUAAAACAAGGAAGUUGGGUCUGAGGACAUCUAAGGGCUCUUCUAGCCCCAUCUGCCAUCCAGUGAACCAUUUCAUUAACUCAAGAUUAAUUCACGUGCUUUGAUUUCUCUGGGUGGGAUGAAAGAGCUGGAUGGCUCGUCCCCAGCUCCUCUGUAAGAGCGGCCAGCCUGCCCCACAGGGCUGCAUCCUGGGACUUUGCAAAGGGCUGCAGCCCUGACCUGAGCAGCCCUGGGCAAGCAGUAGAUGCAUGUGCUAAAGAAGAGAAUUUGCAGCCCCCGGCUCAGGUGUGGUGGCUGUCUAGAUGGACUUUGUGAACAGUUUCCCCUUCAGUUCCCCAACUGGAACAGAGGCAGAAGAGGUUUCCCACGGGUCCUCACCACACACUGGCUGACAGUUAAGACUUGCAGCUAGCUGCAAAGGACAUUAUAAGGCUCCUUCCUGCAGGGUGCUAUUUCUGAGAACCCAGCCACGCUGGGCCAAGAACCCUGAAGGAAACCUCUUGAAUUCGUGGUCAUGCAAGAGGAAGGAAGCCCACACAAGGACCCGAGAAAAAGUGUGGUCAGUUUUCUUUCCACUUGUAACUUCUAUCACCCACAGAGGAAAGCCAUAUUUGUCUCAGGAAGUUCUCAGGGCCCUUUUAGGUAACAGAAAAAGAAUAUUCACUUAGCAAACCAAUUUUAAAAAUAGCAAAUUUCUCUUAUACCUUUUUUACUGCUUAGAACAGAGCAAAUGACUAUAUGCAACUUUAAAAUUAAUCAUAAAUAGGGGCAGGUAGGUGGCACAGUGGAUAGAAUGUCAGACCUAGAGACUGGAGGUCCUGGAUUCAAACUGGACCUCCAUAUACUUUCUAGCUGUGAUACCUUGGGUAAGUCACUUAACUCCAAUUGCCUAUCCCCUGCCCAUCUGUCUUAAGAGUUGUUACUAUGACAGAAAGCAAGGGUUAGAAAUAAAUUGGGCAAAAAUUGGAAUUUUUUAAAAAUCCUUACCUUCUGUCUUGGAGUCAAUACUGUGUAUUGGUUCCAAGGCAGAAGAGUGGUAAAGACUAGGCACCCAGCUGGGAAGUGUCUGAGGCCAGAAUUGAGUCCAGGACCUCCCAUCUCUAGGCCUGAGGAAUGUACUUUAUUUUAUUUUAUUUUAGUUAAAAUUUUAAACCCUUACCUUCUGUCUCUGGGAGUUAAUAUUGUGUAUUGGUUCCAAGGCAGAAGAGAGGUAAGGGCUAGGCAAUGGGGGUGAAGUGACUUGCCCAGGGUCACACAGCUAGGAAGUGCCUGAGGCCAGACUUGAACCCAGGACCUCCCAUCUCUAGACCUGGUUCUCCAUCCACUGGGCCACCCAGCUGCCACCCCCCCCCAUAAAUUGGAAUCUUAAAAAGCCAUUGUAUAAUUAGUUCAACUGGCUUGUAAUUUUUAUAGUUUGUUUUCUUAUGAGUAGCAGGACAUGAUUGAAUUUAAACUUCAUUAUCUAACACUGUUUGUCUUGCCCAUUCUGUAUACGUGUGUAUGUUUUUUGUUGUCCAGGCCUGCCUCUAACAAGGCAUCUUGACACGUCUUCUGCAAAACAACAAGGGAGGUCUGGAAACCUUUGAGUCAGAGCAGUUGGGUUGAUGGCAAACUCUGGAACCAACUGCCAGUGCCAGCGUACAGCUGUGUGAGGGGAAGCGUUGGUUAAGCAGACACAGCUGGUCACAAUGUUGGUUUUCCAAACACGUGAGGAGAUGGCCCUUGGGAAAACGAUGUCUUCUUCCAGAAAGGGUAGACUAGACCACCUAAAAAUAAGGUUUGCAAUGGUGGAUCCACAAGCACCUUCAGCCACAAAACUUGAUGUUUCUGCGAAUGAUUCAUGCUAGAUGCUAAGAGAACAAGUGAUUCAGUUAAGUCCUUGCACAUCUCUUUUGAGAAUACUCUUGGGAUCUCAGAGUAGGAAAAGACUUUUGUUGCUCAGUGCUGCUCAACUUUUUGUGCCUCUAUGUGGGGUUUUCUUGGCAAAGAUACUGGGGUGGUCAGCUCAUUUUACAGAUGAGGAAACUGAGGCACAUAAGGUGAAGUGACUUGUUCAGGGUCACACAGCUGAUAAGUGUCUGAGGCUAGAUCUUCCUGACUCUAGGUCCAACACUCUAUCCACUGAGCCACCUAGCUAGAACUUGACCCAGAACUUCCCAUAUGACUAAAAAUACUCAUCUUCUACUAGAAACCUUUCCUAAACUCCCUCAGUGCCAGGACCUUCCCUCUACUGAUGAUCUCAGCUUCUUCUGUCUCUAGCUUGUUUGCAUAUUGUCCCCCCCAAAAGACUGUGAACACCUCCACAGCAGGGAUUCUAUUUUUGUCUUUCUAUAUACCUUAGUGCUUAGCACCCUGCCUUGAUGCACGGAAGGUGUUGGAAAAAGGCUUAUGAACUUGACAGAAUUUCCAAGAAUCCACUCCAUUCUAGAUAGCUCCAUUGGACAGCAGAUUUUGCCUUUGAAAAAAACCUCAAUUUGGAUCUUUGCAACUUCCACUCAUGAUGUGUCAUUCUGCCCUCUGAAGCCAAGGAGGAGAAUAAACCUAAAGAAACCUUGUUCCUCAGAACAGCCCUUUACUACCUAAAGACUGCAGUUAUUCCCAUUCUAAGUUUUCCCUUCCACACAUCCACAAAUGUAUGUAAAUAGAAUUGUAUUAAACCUA